CCUAAAGAUGGUCCAAUGGGCAUGGUCUGAAGCCUCUCGUCAUCUCAAUAUGUUGAACCACCUGAUUUCUUGCAGGCUUGAGAUUCAGAUCCUGCUGAACGAUGUUAAGCAUUCGAUUAACCACAUGCAGGGGACGCUGAACACCAUGCAGGGGCAGUGUAUUGAGUUGCAGACUGCCAUAUCUAAGAUCAUCACAGCAGCCGAAGUUGCUGUGCAGAGGGAGGAGAUCCUCCGAGCAUCAGGCCUCAUCCCGUCACAGAGGGAGGAAAUGCUCCGAGCAUCAGGCCUCAUCCUGUCACAGAGGGAGGGUAUCCUCCAAACAGCCAGUGUUCCUGCACAGAGGGAGGGGAUUCUUCCAGCAGCUAACAUCACUGUGCAGAGGGAGGAGAUCCUCCGAGCAUCAGGCCUCAUCCCGUCACAGAGGGAGGAAAUGCUCCGAGCAUCAGGCCUCAUCCUGUCACAGAGGGAGGGUAUCCUCCAAACAGCCAGUGUCCCUGCACAGAGGGAGGGGAUUCUCCCAGCAGCUAACAUCACUGUGCAGAGGGAGGAGAUCUUCCGAGCAUCAGGCCUCAUCCCUGAAGAGAGGGAGGACAUCCGCCUCACAGCCAGUGUCCCUGCACAGAGGGAGGUGAUUCUUCCAGCAGCUACUGCAGCUACUGUCACUGUGCGAAAGGAGAAGAUCCUCCGAGCAUCAGGCCUCAUUUCUGCACAAAAGGAGUUGAUCCACCUGAUGGCCAGUGUCACUGCGCAGAGGAAAGGAAUCGUCCCAAUGGUCAGCGUCCCUGCGCACAGGGAGGGGAUCGUCCCAAAGGCUAGUGUCCCUGCUGAGAGGUUGGAGAUCCUCCGAGCAUCAGGCCUCAUCCCGCCACAGAGGGAGGGGAAUGUCCGAACAGCCAGUGUCCCAGCACAGAGGGAUGGGAUUCUCUCAGCAGCCAGCAUCACUGAACAGAGGGAGGGGAUUCUUCCAGCAGCUUCUAUCACUGUGCCGAAGAAGAAGAUCCUCAGAGCAUCAGGCCUCAUUCCUGCACAAAAGGAGUUGAUCCACCUGAUGGCCAGUGUCACUGCGCAGAGGAAGGGAAUCGUCCCAAUGGUCAGCGUCCCUGCGCACAGGGAGGGGAUCGUCCCAAAGGCUAGUGUCCCUGCUGAGAGGUUGGAGAUCCUCCGAGCAUCAGGCCUCAUCCCGCCACCAAGGGAGGGUAUCCUCCAAACAGCCAGUGUCCCUGCACAGAGGGAGGGGAUCUUCCGAGCAUCAGGCCUCAUCCCUGAAGAGAGGGAGGAGAUCCUCCUCACAGCCAGUGUCCCUGUGAAGAAUGAAAACAUUCAUCCACAACCACCUUCCAUCAUCCCCAUGUUGGCACCACUGUGGAAAUGGGAUGGUGGAGCGUGUACUCCACCUGUGGAUUUCUAUUCCAAGAGAAGAGGUCACUUAACCUUACCUAAUUAGUAAAGAAAUUACUAUUGUGAGAAUAAGUUGUGAUAGAUCAAAUGUAUGGCUCAUGUGAGUGUAUAGCUGUAAUACUUUCAUGCAUUUUCUACAUAAAAAUGUUUAGCUCCAUUGUACUUUUACAUUUGAGUCAUUUAGCAGACACUGUUAUCCAGAGCGACUGACAGUAGUGAGUCUAUACAUUUUCAUACUCCAGUGAAUCUCUCCAGGAUUUCACAUGGAUUUUUUUCAUAUUUGCGGAUAAAUAUGCUAGAUUUUGCAGCGACAAUUAUUACAUUUUGCAUUGCAAUAUGCAAUUGUUUUGUCCAAUUUGUUGCAAAAAUGCACUGACAAGGGAAAAAACUGUGUUGAUGUGUCGCUUGAUUGAACCAUAUUAUGCAGUAAAUGUGCGGUGAUUGGUUGAAA